AUGCUUGAAAAAUAAAGGAGAAUAAAAUGAGCUGGGCACUGGAAGAAUGGAAGGAAGGCCUUCCUACCAGAGCCUUGCAGAAAGUUCAAGAGCUUGAAGGACAGCUGGACAAACUGAAGAAAGAGAAGCAGCAAAGGCAGUUUCAGCUUGACACACUAGAGGCGGCAUUGCAGAAGCAAAAACAGAAGGUUGAAAAUGAAAAAAAUGAGGGCACAAAUCUGAAAAGGGAAAAUCAAAGAUUAAUGGAAAUAUGUGAAAAUCUGGAGAAAACGAAACAGAAGAUUUCUCAUGAACUUCAAGUUAAGGAAUCACAAUUGAAUUUCCAGGAAGGACAACUGAACUCAGGCAAAAAACAAAUAGAAAAACUGGAACAGGAGCUUAAAAGGUGUAAAUCUGAACUUGAACGAAGCCAACAAACUGUGCAGUCGGCAGAUGUCUCCCUGAAUUCAUGCAACACACCACAGAAAAUUUUUGCAACUCCAUUAACACCAAGUCAAUAUUACAGUGCUUCCAAGUAUGAAGAUCUAAAAGACAAAUAUAAUAAGGAAGUUGAAGAACGAAAAAGAUUAGAAUCAGAGGUUAAAGCUUUACAGACUAAGAAGGUAAGCCAGGCCACUCCGCAGACCACCAUGAAUUACCGAGAUAUUGCUCGCCAUCAGGCUUCCUCUUCCGUGUUCUCAUGGCAGCAGGAGACCACACCUAGUCGGCUUUCUUCUGCUUCUCUAAAAACUCCAAAGAGGAGAGAUGUGUCUGUGUCUCGCUUUUUUGGGGAAGAAGAGGUGACUCCGAGUACAUCAACUCUGAAUGUAGGAAAAAGAGAUGCUAAUAGCAGUUUUGGUGAUAAUUCUACUUUCCUUCUGGAUCAACUCAAAGCCCAAAAUCAAGAUUUGAAAAGCAAGAUUAAUGAAUUGGAGCUACAUCUGCAAGGACAAGAGAAGGAAAUGAAAGGUCAAGUGAAUAAAUUUCAAGAGUUGCAACUUCAGCUGGAAAAAGCAAAAAUGGAAUUAAUUGAAAAAGACAAAGUUUUGAACAAAAAUAAGGAUGAACUAGUGAGAACUACUGCACAGUAUGACCAGGCAGCAAACAAGUGUACUGUGUUGGAACAAAAGCUGAAGAAACUGACUGAGGAUCUGAGUUGUCAGCGACAAAAUGCAGAAAGUAUGAGAUGCUCUCUGGAACAGAAAAUCAAGGAGAAAGAAAAGGAAUUGCGAGAGGAGCUGUCCCAUCAGCAACGAUCUUUCCAAAUGUUGGACCAAGAGUGCACUCAGAUGAAAGCCAGAUUAACCCAGGAGUUGCAGCAAGCCAAGAACACACUCAACGUUCUUCAGGCAGAACUGGAUAAAGUCACAUCAGUCAAGCUACAGUUAGAAAAGAAUUUGGAAGAGUUUAAGCAGAAGUUCAGCAGGACCGAACAGGCCCUCCAGGCGCGUCAGAUCACAGAGGAUGAGCUGAGGAAAAGCAGCGAGGAAAUGAAGAAGGAAAAUGGUCUCCUUAGGAGUCAGUCUGAGCAGAGGGCCAGAGAAGUCUGCCACCUGGAGGAAGAACUCAGGAAAGUCAAGCUGUGUUUAAACCAGAGCCAGAACUUUGCAGAGGAAAUGAAAGCUAAGAAUGCCUCUCAAGAAAUCAUGUUGAGAGAUCUUCAAGAAAAAAUAAAUCAGCAAGAAAACUCCUUUAUGUUAGAGAAACUGAAGGUUGCCGUGGCCGAUCUAGAAAAGCAGCGAGAUUGUUCACAAGAUCUUUUGAAGAAAAGGGAGCAUCACAUUGAACAACUGAAUGAUAAGUUAAGCAAGAUAGAGAACGAGUUCAAAGCUAUACUAAGCACUUUGGAGUUAAAAGGGAAAGAAUAUGAAGAGUUGAAAGAAGAGAAAACUCAAUAUUCUCAUUGGAAAAGUGAAAGUGAAAAACUUAUCAGUCAGAUGGAAUCUGAAAAAGAAAAUUUACAGAGUAAAGUUAAUCACCUGGAAACCUGCCUCAAGACACAACAAAUAAAAAGCCAUGAAUACAAUGAGAGAGUUAAAACACUAGAAAUGGAAAGAGACAACCUAAGUGUGGAGAUCAGAAACCUUCACAAUAUUCUGGAUAGCAAGACGGCAGAGGUAGAGACUCAGAAACAAGCAUACAUAGAUCUGCAGCAGAAAGCUGAGUUCUCAGAUCAGAAACACCAGAAGGAAAUAGAAAAUAUGUGUCUGAAAAUUUGUCAGCUUACUGAACAAAUUGAAGGUCUAGAACAGAAGCUUCAGUUCCUGUCAAGUGAAAUAGUGACCAAGGACCAACAUUACUUGGACUUGCGUGCUGAAUAUGAGAGCCUCACGGGUCUGCUCACAUCCAGAGAUUCCUCUGUAGAGACAAAUGAGGACCUGCAGAGAAGGUGCUUGGCACUGGGGCAGCAGCCUCUGAUGAAUAACUCCUUUGUAAAUCAAAUGGGAGAACAAAGAAGCACGUUUUCAGAAAGGAGUGAAUGCCACAUUGCUUUAGACCAGAGUCCCAAAAAUUCAGCUGCCUUACAAAAUAGAGUUGAUUCUCUUGAGUUUUCUUUAGAGUCUCAAAAACAGAUGAACUCAGAUCUGCAAAAGCAGUGUGAAGAGUUGGUUCAAAUCAAAGGAGAAAUAGAAGAAAAUCUCACUAAAGCAGAACACAUGCACGAGAGCUUUGUGGCUGAAACAAGUCAGCGUAUUACUAAGUUGCAGGAAGAUGCUUCCGUUCAUCAGAAUGCUGUCACUGAAACUUUAGUUGCCUUUGAGAACAAGGAAAAAGAAUUGCAACUGCUGAAAGAAAAAUUAGAAGCUGAGCAAGCAGAGACUCGGGAAUUAAAGAAAAGCAACCAUUUACUUGAAGACUCUUUGAAAGAGCUACAACUUUUAUCUGAAACCCUGAACUCAGAGAAAAAGGAAAUGAGUUCCAUCAUUUCGCUAAGUAAAAAAGAAAUCGAAGAGCUGGCCCGAGAGAAUGGUACUCUUAAAGAAAUGAAUGAAGCCUUAAGUCAAGAUAGAAUGAACUUACUCCAAAAGAGUGAGGAUUUCUCAAACUGUAUAAAGGAACGAGAGAAAAGCAUUUCAGAAUUAUCUAAUCAGUAUGAGCAAGAAAGACUUCUUUUACUACAGAGAUGGGAAGAAAUGGGUCAUACCUUAGAGGAUCUUAAUGAAAAAUACCAAGCAGCAAAGGAGAAGAACUCUACAUUGGAAUGCUUGCUAAAUGAAUCCACAAGUAUUUGUGAAAAUAGAAAAAAUGAAUUGGAACAGCUGAAGGAAACAUUUGCAAAAGAACACCAAGAAUUUGUCACAAAAUUAGCUUUCUCUGAGGAAAGAAAUGAGAAACUAAUAUUAGAGUUGGGGACUGUUCAGCAAGCUCUGAAAUUGGAGAUUACAGACAUCAAAAAUAGCUCCAAGAAUGAGGCUGAUAGCUUAAAGCAAGAAAUCAUCACAUUAAAGACAGAACAAAAUAAGAUGCAACAGGAAGUUAGUGACUUAUUACAAGAGAAUGAACGACUAAUGCAGUUAACAGCUAGUAAACGUGAACAUCAGCUUUUAGAAUUAGAACCAAUUAGGGACUCUGUAGAAGACGCACAGAAUGAGAUGGAUAAAAGCAGUCCCCAGUAUCAGAUGGAUUUGGAUGUUAAAGACAUCUCUCCAGACAGUUAUGAUGCCCAGUUGGUUGACUUAGAAGCUUUGCUUAGAAAUAUGGAAUUAAAGCUCAAGGAAAGCAAGAAGGAGAAAGAAAGCCUACAGCAGGAAUUACAGUCAAUUAGAAGAGAACUAGGAACUAGAGACUUGGAAGGCAGUCAGUUGCAGGACACAAGUGUCCUUAAAGAUGGUGAAGUAGUAGAUGCAGAAAUAAAAUACUUUUCAGUGCUUCAAGACUUGUCAACAAGUCAAAGUGACAAUGCUAACCUACAGUGUUCUCUACAGGCAGCAAUGAAUAAGCUGAGUGAGCUAGAAAGAAUGUGUGAGAUUCUGCAAGUUGAAAAGAUAGAACUUGCAUCUGAGCUGAACGAUUCAAGAUCAGAGUGUAUCACAGCGACUAGUAAGAUGGCAAAAGAGGUAGAGAAACUAGUAAAUGAAGUGAAGGUAUUAAAUGAUGAAAAUGGCCACCUUCAAAGUGAGUUAGUGGAAGAAGGGUCAGGUGGUGAGUUUAGCAGUCAGCAUGAUGGGCAGACAUGUGAGUUCUUGACCCCUCCAGAAGAUAGUAAUUUGUCUGAGCAGUUGACCUUGUCACACAAAGAAGUUCAAGAGCACUUUGCUGAAUUACAGGAGAAGUUCUCAUGUUUACAAAGUGAACACAAGAUCUUACAAGAUCAGCACUGUCAGAUAAGCUCCAAGAUGUUAGAGCUACAGUCCUAUGUUGAUACAUUGAAGGCUGAAAACUCAGCUUUGUCACUGAAUCUGAAAAAUUUGCAGAGUGACGUGGUACAGCCGGGACCAGAGGAGGGGCAUAUUCCAUCUCUGUCAUUCUCUACCCCGAGGCUGGCAAACUCUGGAGAAUCUUCUUUUUACAAAGAUGCUUUAGAUCAGACGGGAGACAUUUCUCUUCUGUGUAAUUUAGAAGAGAAUGUUUGUGCAGACCAGUCUACCGUAGAUGAAGUGUCAUGUACUAGUCUAAGGGAGGAGAGUCUGACGGAGAAGGAAAUUCCCUCUGCCCCCACGAAGAGUGUUGAAGAACUCGAGGCGCUCUGUCAGCUAUACUUGCAGUCUCUCAAGAACCUGGAACAGAAAAUGGAAAGUCAGGGCAGCAUGAAAAAUAAGGAGAUUGAAGAGCUUGAACAGUUACUAAGUUCUGAAAGGAAUGAGCUUGAAUGCCUUAGGAAACAGUGUUUGUCAGAAAACGAGCAGUGGCAACAGAAGCUGACAAGUGUAACUCUGGAGAUGGAGUCCAGGUUGGCAGCAGAAAAGAAACAGACAGAACACCUAUCCCAUGAACUUGAAGUAGCACGACUCCAGCUGCAAGGCCUGGACUUGAGCUCUCGGUCUUUCCUUGGUACCGAUGUAGACGAUGCUAUUCGGGGCCAACACGGUAACUGUGACAUAAUAGAAUCAGAAGGAAGUACUUCAGAAACUACAGAAACAAUACCAAAAGAGGACACUGAUCAGAUUUGUGAUAAAGAUCAACAAUCCUUUAGUCUAGAGACUGGACAAAUCAUUGAGACUGAUGUAGUCCACCUUACUGGAGAGUGUUCUGGUGAGCAGUCCUCAAAGAUGACUUACGGGACUGUAGCGGAAGACAAAACUCAGUGCCAUUCAGAAUGCAGUUCUGAGUUUUCAUUUUCUGCUCCAAAUGCUUUGGUACCCAUGGAUUUUCUGGAGAAUCAGGUAUUCAUUGAGAAUCUCCAACUACAGGUCAAAGAAACAUCAAAUGAGAAUUUGAGAUUACUUCAUACAAUAGAGGACCGGGACAAAAAAGUUGAAAGUUUGCUGAGUGAAAUAAAAGAAUUAGACUCCAAACUUGAUUUACAAGAAGGACAACUAAAGUCCAAGAUUGAAACAUGCAUACAACUGGAAAAAUUAGUGGAAGAACUCACGAAACAAAAAUCUAGUUUAGAUGAAAAAGUGGAAUCCUUCCCCUAUGAUAACCAGGCACUCUGCCAGAGACUAGAAAGUUCAGAAGUUCUUGGUUCUAAUGUAGAAAUGGGCUCAGAUGAAUUGUCUUAUGAAAAUAUGAAAGACAUUGCAGCCAAGGAAAAUGGUAGUUGGAGGGAUAGAUUUGUUGAUUUGGAGGAUGAGCUGAACAAGAUCAAGUCUGAGAAAGCUACUGUUGAACAUCAUGCAAUCUGUGUGGAAGCUGACUUAGACAGAGUUCAAGCAGAGAAGCUGUGUUUAGAAAAAGAUAAUGAAAAUAAGCAGAAAGUUAUCACUAGUCUUGAAGAAGAACUGUCUGCCAUCACAAGUGAGAGAAACCGGCUUCAUGAAGCAUUAGAUAGCACAUCCAAAGAACAUGAAGCACUGGAUCAGGUAUCUGAAAAGAUGAAGGAGAAAAUACAAGAGCUGGAGUCUCUUCAAGCUGAGAGUCUCCAUCACAUUCAGGUGAUGGAGGCCGAGGUCAAGAACAAGACAGAACUCCUUCAGACUCUGUCCUCUGAGGUAAGCAAACUGUCAGAAGACAAAGCUCAUCUCCAGGAGCAGCUGCAGAGUGGGCAGAAGGCCUCAGAAACAUUGUCAUUGGCAGCUUGUGAGCUGGAGAGCCAAAUCAGACAACUGAAUCAAGAGAAGGAAUCACUCACCAGGGAAUCAGAAAGCCUGAAGGCAAGACUGAGUGAGUCAGAAUGUGAAAAGCUAACCACCUCCAAGGCCUUAGAGGUGGCACUGAUGGAGAAAGGAGAGUUUGCAGUGAGAUUGGGCUCAACCCAGGAGGAGAUUCAUCAGCUCAGAAGAGGCAUUGAGAAACUGAGGGUCCGCAUUGAAGAUGAUGAAAAGAAGCACCUCCAGGUGACAGAGGAGCUGAAAGCCAGUCAUCGAGAAAAUGAUUCACUGAAGGACAAAGUGGAGAACCUGGAGAAGGAAUUGCAGAUGUCAGAAGAAAACCAAGAGCUGGUGAUUCUUGAUGCUGAGAAUGCCAAAGCAGAGAUGGAGACUCUAAAAGCACAAAUAGAAGCAAUGACUGAAAGCCUAAGAGUUUUUGAAGUAGACCUUGUCAAAGUUAAGUCAGAGAAAGACAAUCUUACAAAGCAGCUGCAAGAGAAGCACAAUCAAGUGGCAGAACUAGAUGGAUUGCUUGCUUCAUUUAAAGGUCUUUUGGAAGAAAAGGAGCAGGCAAGAAUACAGAUGAAAGAAGAAUCUAAAGCUGAAGUGGAGAUGCUUCAAACACAAUUGAAAGAGUUCGCCGAGGAAGUAGCAGCCUUGUGUGAUGACCAAGAAAUGGGGAAGAACAUGGAGCAAAGUUUAGACCUGCAAGGGGAGGAAAUGCCUCAGCUGAGAAGUAGCAUUGAAAAGCUGAAAGCGCGCAUAGAAGCUGAUAAAAAUAAACAAGACCACGUCUUAGAACAACUUAAGGGAAAUCAGCAUCAUGUAGAUCUGCUUCAAGAUAGAGUUGGGAACCUUGAAAGAGAACUGGAGUUAGCCGCAAAAAAACAAGAGCAUGCGAUUAUUGAGGCUGAGAAUUCCAAAGCAGAGGUAGAGACUCUGAAAGCAGAAAUACAACAGAGGGCCCAAACCCUGCAAGCUUUGGAAUUAGAGAUUCUUAAUGCGAAAUCUGAGAAAGAAAAGCUCACCAAAGAAUUAGAGAAAGAGCAAGAGCGAGUAUCUGAAUUAGAAACACUGAGUUCUUCCUUUGAAAACCUUUUGCAGGACAAAGAGCAAGAAAAAGUUCAGAUGAAAGAAAAUGCUGAGAGACUUCAAAUGCAAUUGGUAGAGCUCAAUGAGAAAAUGGUAGCUUUGUGCAAUGAUCAAGCCACAUAUAAGGCUAAAGAACAGAAUCUGAGUGCUCAACUCGAUUCUCUUGAACUUGAGAAGACACAGUUGCUACGGGACCUUGAUGAAGCCAAAAAUAAGUGUAUGACUUUGCAGUCUUCUGUGAAUGGCCUCAUUCAAGAGGUAGAAGAUGGCAAACAGAAACUAGAGAAGGAGGAGGAAGAGGUCAGGAGGCUAAAAGACCAAUUUUGUGCCCAGGAGCAGCUGAUCUCUAAACUAUCCCAGGUGGAGGAAGAGCAAAGACUUUGGCAGAAGCAGAAGCUAGACCUGGGAAGUCUGACCAUGGCACUGGAGCAGAAGGUCCAAGGGCUCCAAUCCAAAAAUGACACUUUGCAGGACUCCUUCAGUUCACUGCAGAAUUCCUACAAGGAUCUAGAGAAUGAACUCGAAUCGAUGAAAAUGGACAAAAUAGCCUUGGUUGAACAAGUUAACACAAUGGCUGUAAAGGAAACUGAACUGCAGAGGGAAAUGCAGGAGAUGGUCCAGAAAACAACUGAGUUGAAAGAAGAACUGAGUAGUGAGAAAAAGAGGCUAACUGAAGAAUUAAAAGUGCUCUCAGAAGAAUUACAGAGCAGCAAACUGGACCAUCUUGAAUAUGUAAAUCAGCUGAAGAAGGAGCGGGACCGUGCUCAGGGGAAAAUAAAGUUGUUGCUGAAAUCCUGUAAGCUGCUGGAAGAAGAAAAGAAAACCUUGCAGAAGGAGGUCUCUCAGCUUGAGGCUGCGCAGAAGCAGAAAACAGGUACUUCUGUGGAUGCUAAUGUAGGUGAAUUAAUGACUGAGAUCAAAGAGCUGAAAGAAACACUUGAUGACAAAACCAAGGAGGCAGAAGAAUAUCUGGAGAAGUACUGUUCCCUGCUUAUAAGCCAUGAAAAGUUAGAGAACGAAAAAGAAAUGUUAGAAACACAGGUUGCUUUUCUGCAUUCAAAACAAUCUAGACAUAAUCUCCGCAGCUCUCCUUUACUCAAUGCAGCUGUCCAGGGUCCAUCUCCAGUCCCUGCUGUUAUGGAGAAGAAGUUAUCAGGCAGUCAAAGCAAAGCUUCUGGCAAGAGGCAAAGGUCAAGUGGGAUUUUGGAGAACGGUGAAGAAUCAGUCCCUUCCACCCCAGAGACAUUUUGUAAAAAAAGUAGGAAAUCGGUCAAAGGUGGAAUUUGCUCUGCUGAGGAUGAAGAUGCAUUUGAGCCAGAAGGACUUCCAGAAGUUGUAAAGAAAGGGUUUGCUGACAUCCCAACAGGCAAGACCAGCCCCUAUGUCUUGCGGAGAACAACCAUGGCCACAAGGACCAGCCCCCGCCUUGCUGCGCAGAGGUUAGCCCUGUCCCCACUAAGUCUGGGCAAAGAGAAUCCUGUGGAGUCCUUCAAACCAACAGCUGGUGGCAGCAAAUCACAAAAGGUGAAGGUUGCUCACCAUCACCCAAGGGAUUCAGGCACCAGCCCUCAAGAACCCACCAUGAAGUGUCUCUCACUCAACAGUCUUCCUGAGAGAAGUUUGAAAGACAGUCCUGGAGAGGGCCAGAGAGCCAAGUGGGACUGCCUUGCUCCCAUCCCAGAGGCUCAGUCCAAGCUCCAAGGCAACGAGAACUGCCGUGUCCAGUAAGACCGUGUG